UAUGGUGAGAAGUCACCAUUAGAAGACAAUGAUCUUUCAAAGACACAAAGCGUCGAAUCAAACGUAGGAGAAGAAUUGACGACAAAAUCCACGACGUGCCAGGAUAAAGAGAAAUCCAAAUCAUCUCAUAACCGAUCAAACCAAGAAAAAAAGUUAAGAAAUACCUUCGGAUGGGCAAGAGUCGAUGUGGUCUUUACGUUGAUAUGUUGCGUCUUCUUGGCUUCCCUCAGCUUCUCAAUUUUUGUGGAAGCGCUGCAGACUCUGAUUCAUAUCGACCAUCAUGAUGAAAUGCAUCAUCCUAUAUGGGUUUUGUGUCUAGGAGCAGCUGGUUUACUAAUGAAUGGAAUUUGCUACCUCUUGAUUGGAGGCUAUACGUAUCACCAAGAGAGUUUUCUGUAUAUCACAGAAAGUGGUGAUGUAGUACUGGAUAAAGUAGUUAUCAACCAGUCAGAACCCAGAAGACGAUCCAUGUUGAAAACCAUCAAUACGAAUAUUUCAGCUCCCAGACAAAGACAAGGCGUGUGGGAGAUGACCAGAGAUAUUAGUGGGUGUGUUUUGGUGAUAAUUUGUGCUUUGGUAAUUUUCUUCACGGAUAAAAAUAUUGCCAAAUUCGUCGAUCCUAUCAUAUCACUUUUUUCUGCUGGUUCAAUCAUGCUCUUGAGCUAUCCAUACAUGAAGGAAAGUUGCCUCAUAUUGCUCCAAACGAUCCCAGAUACGAUAGACAUCGAUUCUCUGAAAGCACAAUUAUUGAAUCAUUUUCCCGAUAUUGUUAAUGUACAUGAUUUCCACGUAUGGCAGUUGACGACACACAAAAUUAUUUCAACCGUACACAUAAUUUUUCAAAAUCCAAAGGUGUAUACUAAAAUAAGGAAUGACUUGAAAGAAUUCUUUCUCGAAAAGGGAAUAAGUCAAGUAACGAUACAACCCGAAUUCUUCACGAAAAAUGCUAGUGUAGAUAGCCUGAGCUCAAAUAAAUAUGCACCAGAUUGUUUGAUGGCAUGUCUUGGAGAGGUCUGCAAGGAUAGUCACUGCUGUCCGAAUUAUCAACAAAAAUCAACAGGAAAACUAUUGUUGGAAGCCACACCACCACAUGCUUCAAUAGCGAGCUUAGAAUCUGUAGAGAUAUUGAAUGGUGGUGCUUGCUCUGGAAAAUGUAACGAAUGUGAAAUAAAGAAUGACGAAGAAGUAAAAACCAAUCACCCUUCUGACGAAUCCAAAGCAACAUCGCCGUGUCAAAUUAUUGUUGAUAACGUACAGAGACAAAAUGAUAUAGUUAUCUAUACGUGCAACGAUGACACCCAAGAAAAAAGACAACCUACUUGUGUUCAAGGCAAUAGUGGCACUGACGGCGAAACCAACACAACGGCAGACGAGCAGCAUAUGUGAAUAUUUCAAUCGAAUUUGUUACAUAAUUCAUCUAAUAUCAUAUUUUACAUGAAUACCUAAGUUUCAUCACUCAACAAGGCUGUGCUAGGUUAAGUUUUAGAUGAAUAUUAUUGUGAUAAUGUGAAUUUUUAUCAGAAGACCGUUUCAAAUCGGUUUUAAAAAUAAAAUAUUAAGUAAACAA